GCUAUCUCUCGCCCGUCCUUCCUCAAAAUACCCCGAGGCAAGCCUGCUCACGCAAAACAAGCCCAGAUUGGAACUGCCAGUGUGACUUUGUUUGAUGCUCCACCCUUUCCUGAGCUUUUCGAGUAGGUCCACACCUCACAGCCAGCCCUCACAGAAUCUCCAGGUGAGACUAGAGACGCUAAACAUUGACACAAGGACAGCUGGGACACGCUCCCUCUCCAAAGUUAGGAGAGACGUUAAAAAACAUCUGUGUCUAAGGUAAGGUGAUUUUUUUUUUAAAUGUUUUAAAUAGUACUAGAUCUAGAAAAUGUUUUCAAACGUGGGUGGGUUUGGGAAUUUUAGUCUGAUUUAAACUGAAGAGUGGGAUUGGAGAAGACAGAGUAAGAGACAGGGACAGUAAAAGGGCAGGAGGAUUACUCAUGUGUUCCUUUUUUUAACCAUACACUGAGGGAAGAUCCUGUGUGUCAAGGAAAAAAGCUCAACCUCAGUACAUACAAAAGAAUGAGAUUUGUAAAGACAGAUAACUCGUAGCGCCAGGAAUAAAACUAUACAUGGAUUUCCUGAGCUUCACUCCUCCGGCUGAUUCAUGUUCCCUUGAAAAAAAAUGGAAUAAAGUCAGGUUGAAGGCAGAAAGAAAAGUGAGUUGUGCAAAAUGACAGAAAAAGAAUGAAAAGCAGGAGCUGGGACUGAGGAGAAUAAAGGAGACAGAAAAAAGCAAACGCAGAACUUCAACCCCACCUUGUUAGCCAGGAGCAUUGACUCACACUGACAAAGAAGUUGGUUGGCAGAUAGAGAAGUAUUUGCGACUAGCUGAACCUGUAGAGCAAGUCAGAGAGCAGGCGAGGAUUUAUCUGUUUUAGAUGAGCUGGUUAUGUACCCAAGGUGUAAACAGAAUGCGCCAAGGAUAGAGAGGAAUUCUGUCAGUUUCAAUAGGGUUUUUCUACCCAGGAGUGAUUAUAUUUGAGUGAUGCUACCUCACUUUAUUGACAUUGAUUUCCCCUCAUGAUAAUCAAAACUCAUACACUUUUUGUAAUUGCCAAUAAUGUGCUGAAAACCCACACUUAUUGGAAUCAAAUCAUCACAAAACUCAAGGUUUUCUCAUUUGAGGAAAUGCAAUAUUUCCCCAUCUGCCACAACAAAGAGAAAAGACAAAUACACAGCAAAGAGAUAGACGAGGCCGGCUGCUGUCGGCAGGGAAGGCAACAUUGCAAUCUAGAGUAAAUAGAAAAACAAAUUGUGGUCCAGCUUUGCCAUCUCUCAGAGACAAGAUAUACUGUUGACUCCGAGGUGUUUUUCUUCUUUCCCGUGUGAAGCUGAUUGUCACCUUAAAGUUCGCGUCGCCUCGGAGUGCAUUUGUUUAAAAUUGAGGAAGAAAUCACGCUGAUAAACUGCACGCUCUGUUUGUCUGUGGGAAAUAAUGAGUUUUGCUGUACAUUGAUUUCUGUCAGAGUGUUUGUGUCUGAACAUGCGUUCCCUGGAUUUGCCAGGCCUCUACUGCAAGAUCCAAGAAUGGUUCAAAACAAGGAUGCAUUUUAGGAGGACUGCUCCAAAAAAUGCUUUAUAAGAUAAAUAAAAGUGGCUUUAUCAUCCACUCAGGAUGAAAAGGUAAAGUGAUUGAACCUUUUUGAGGUUCAGUCCGUUAUAGUGCGAAUCUGCAGCCGCUCAUUGAGUCAAGUCUGUUUUAUGCCGUGUAAUUUAAUACUGAAGAAUGCUGGAUGAGAGAGAAAAAUAGCAACUGAUUUGACAGCUCAAUUUGUCUACAGUGAUGCUGAAGGAAAGUGUUUCUGAAUUCAAAAUGCUGCGGAUUAGACGAGACAGAGCCGAAAUGGAACAGUGAACAGCGCGUCUGUUAUCCAGCUCACUCUGUGUCAGGCUGUGAGCGUUCGCCAGAAUGAGAUGUAAAUGCAUAAGAGGUGGCUUUUUUUCUUCCUGCUGCUGAAAAGAAAUCCUGCAAAAAAAAUAUUUGCCUUUAAGUAGCGCCGUGGACUCCAAUUGUGUUUACACUUUCAUAACAAAAUCAAAUAUGUAUGUGAGUGUUUUUUUUUCCCACAUAAUUGACAACUACAUCUGUGGUACCACAUAUCCCAACUCCAACUAAACCUGUGACACCUGAAAUCUCCAGAGAGAGACAGAAAAUGCAGAAGAAGAAUACAUUAUGUUACCAAACACACAGAGGAAAACCGAGCUGGCUGAAUGUGCAGGUGAUCUAUAAGCACUCUGUCUUCAAAGUCCAACCAUGAUCAGGCCAUUAAGUCCAGAAGGUAAUAUUUCAGCUAAAACUCCCCUCCUCCUCCUUCAGAGCGCAGAGCCAUGGAACGAUCAUGGCAUGCUUAAUAUUCACGACGGAAUCCCCUAUAACAGUCCUUUAAAGAUGAAAGACUGCAAAAAGACAUUAGGGAUUACAGAGAGCACCCACACUGUGCAAAUAGCUGACUAAUAGAGUGCAGAGUAUUGGUUUGUCCUUUCAGCACAGGGAGGCUUCAUUGAUGACUACCUCACUGAUGUAUAACGAGUCUGGAUUGAAAAGGCGGCCCUGUUUGCGAACGCGGAUCAGGUAUGACACAGGCAAUGAUUGGGAAAAUAAUGUCUGGCUGAUUUGUUGCCUCACAGCGGAUCUCUGUUACAAAACAGUUUUUUGUUUGCGGCACAGGAAAAAGGACCUCGUUACUUCAUAGUGUCUGACCAAUAAAACUACCUCACGGUAUAUGUAAAUUUAAAAGGUACAAUUAAUUGAAACGUUUUCUAUCAAUAGAAUGUGUCAAUAGAAUUAUCUAUAUCUAAAAAAUCAUGUAGCGCGCAAAAUAUUCAUGCCACCCAACUCCACCCAUCUCAUGCAAAACAUUGACUGUAGGAAGCAAGAUUCCCCCUGUGACUGGCACUAAUACAUUACACUGGUGGUGACUAAAGUCAGAGACCAGGAUCUGCUGUCAAGGCUGCUGUAUAGACAUCCUUCCCCUUCACAACACAUUUAACUUAUCGCUGAAACAGGAAGGAUUUCUUGGGCCUGUACAGACCAAGGCAGAACAGCCUCUUAAGUUUGUUUGGAAAAUAACUUUCAAAAAUAGGAAGUACAAUGUUCCUCAUGUUCAUUAGUUUUGAGAAUAACUUACAAAAAUGGAAAGUACAAUGUUCCUCAUGUUCGUUUGGUUUCUAUCAUUCUUGUUGUGCCACCUCUACCUCUACCUGAUGGUACAACACUGCUAAAAUAACAUUUGUCAACAAAGGUGUCAAUCGUGGCGUUACACCUUUUGUAUGACAUUAAUUAUAUAAAACCCCAAACUAAAUAGACAACUCUAAACAAACCAGCUGGAUGUAAAUUGACUAUAAAAAGAGAAUCCAUGUCUGGGGAGAAUAAAAAAAAACAAAUUUGAUGUGUUUUUAUACCGUCCCAUCUGUUGAAAUGUGGCAUGGUUUCUGGCUCAUGCUGCAGUCAGUCAUUUAUGGCUUCUUGGAUAAGGACUUUACCUCAAGGGUGCCUAUAUCUAAAGCAUCAUUUUAUAUAAUCCAUGGCAGGAAUAUCAGUUUUUGUCAACAGUUGCGCAGUCACCUUUUGAGCUCUCGAGUAACUCUGUCGAGUCUUAGUUAAUAACCCGGAUGGUUUAGUUGCAGUGUCAUCAGGUUUGGACUUGGACUUAAAGACUGUCAGUGUAUUACAAGAAGUCUGUGUCAUAAGCAGGGGGUAGAUAUUGGUGGUUGCCUUGCAGUUUUUAUUUUGUAAAUAAAACAUAUUAUGUAAGGCAAGCAGAACAAUAAUAAGUCACUUUUCAGUUAUGAGAAUUCUGCUGUCCUCAUCUUGAUUCAUUAGGAGCAAGAGCAACCAUAUCUGAUCUGUAUUUGGCUUUGGAGAUGAUGAUCAGCAGUCUGUCCUCAGUUACAGGAGGCCACUCCCUGAAAUGCCACUACAGACGUCGAUGUUUAAAAAAAAGCAUAGAGCAGAAUCUUAAAAGACAUAAACACUGAGACCACAGUUGAGAUAAUAACCAUAUUGAAGAGUCGUGUCAUGAAACCCUGUCUGUAAAGUUUUAUUCACCCUGGUUGUGAUUAUAACCUUGAGAGGUUCCCCCUGCCGGCUAUUUCUCGUGUACUUUCAUGUUGGUCUCAUCCAAGAAACCAGUUUUUACAUUUUACUUUUCCUGGAAUUUCAGGAACAUUAAUUCCAGACAUAUCAGCCUCUACAUUCAUACCAAAUUAGAUCACUGUAGCAACGAGCCGCAACCUUUGUUCUUCGCCGUUUAGAAAUGCAGCCAGCGUGGGAGUGUGAGGAACUACAGUUUCUCUCGUGUACUUGAGGGCUGGUUCCAAAGCUCAGGAGACCCAAUUAAAAUAAACCACGUGAAAAUGUCAAUUUUUACAGCAGGAACAACAACAACAAAAAAAGUUGUCAAUCUGGCGUUAUAAAUGGUUUUGGUUCUAGUAUCAGGUUUCGAUAUUCAUACAUUAUGUAAGUUUCAUAACCAAACGUUUAAGGCUAUGAGUUUUGAACAAAUAGGUGUGAUUAGGGGCACGGCUUACUAAACUUGACUGACAGGUGGACACACUGUGGCUGUCAGCCAGGAGGCUUCAGGCAACUUAACCUCGCCUCUUUGCCUUUUUGCCAGGCAGACUGAAUCUAAGGUAGAGUCAGCACUUUUAAUAUGGCAGCUGCCAUUGUUAGAUUUCAUAACUCUGCUUAAGUAACCAGAGGCUGCUGUCACUCAGGGCCCUUUACACAUUUGUGAAUAUUUCUGAAAAUGUAAUGUAUCAAGUGUUUUGGCCUUGCAUCAAUACGUGAAGAGUUUUAGGUCACUUCAAUCAAGAGAGAGAUUUUUAAAACUCUCUCUUGUAAGUAUUAGUGUUAACAGGGGAAAAAGAGCUUUAAGAAACACUGACAUUAUUACCACAACUUGUGCAUUUCAAUUUCCAUCUACAUGUUUUCUACAUACACCAAUUUGGCCAGUUACCCGCUAUGAGUUUAUGCCUGCUUGGGCACUGUUGGAUUUAAUUGCAUCAUACACUUGAAAUAAGAUAUGAACGUGCACAAAGUCUUUUUCAUGGUAUUCAACAUGAGGGAGUAUUUACACACUAGCACCACUAACUACGAUUAUGAGCACAUGAGCCCCCUCUUAAAGAAAUGUGGCCUUUUGUUUUUUCCCAAUUAACAUGAACUUCUCUUUUAUUGUCAUUGCCAACGUUGUCUGUCUUUCAUUUUUCAGGUUGGGAACAUAAAAAAGUCUCGUCCCUCCCGGUCCUCUGAGGAGUUUCUUCGCUUUCGCCUUCCUCCGUCCCCUCCUUUGCCCCUGAAGCAGCAGUCAUGAACUGGUCUGCUCUGGAAGCCCUCCUCAGUGGGGUCAACAAGUACUCCACUGUGUUCGGUCGUGUCUGGCUCUCCAUGGUCUUCGUCUUCAGGGUGAUGGUGUUCGUGGUGGCCGCCCAGAGAGUAUGGGGUGAUGAGAGCAAGGACUUUGUGUGCAACACGGCCCAGCCUGGUUGUGUCAAUGUGUGCUACGACCACAUCUUCCCCAUCUCACACAUCCGCCUGUGGGCCCUGCAGCUCAUCUUUGUCACCUGCCCGUCACUUAUGGUCGUGGGACAUGUGAAGUACCGUGAGAAGAAGGACAUGCAGUACACCGCCUCGCACAAGGGCGCACAUCUGUAUGCCAACCCUGGGAAGAAACGUGGCGGGUUGUGGUGGACAUAUCUGGUAAGUGAAGAAGGGACAGAUAGCCCUAGCUCAUUUAAAAUAAGUAAAUCUGGACAAUAAGUUUCAACUUAUUAUGGAAAUCUUGGUCCUUUUCAGUGCAAACCAAACAAUAAAGUAAGAUAUGUUUCUGGAUGUUGCUACAUGUCGACUGGUGUUGAUGCAGAGUAAUGUGUCUCACUCUAUGGUCCACAUAUGGUCAACUUUGGUUUCUUAAUCAUUAUGAUAGUGAUGACUAAAAUGCCACAAUCAAGGCCUCUAAAAAGUACCUAAGGCUGACCAGAUGGCAGUGCAACAGUGGUGACAUCCACUUCUUUUUUACGGCUCAUAGUCAUACCCUAAUGAGUGACACAGAUGUUUUUGACAAACUGAAUCUGGAAAAUGAUAGCCAUGGAUGAGCGACUGUGCACAGAAGUGCAGAGAUAACAUUGCUAUGACUGUUAAUGAUUUGUUCUCAGUGGAAACAACUGAUUUGACAGCAUCCUAUGCACCUCUCUCUAAACUCUCCAAUCUAGAAAAUGAUCAUCUUGACAUUGUUUAAUAGAUGGAGGGUCAAACUAGCUUGCGCAUUAGUUAUUGUUUCCGGCCUGCAGUGCCUUGUUUAACUGUCCUUUAUCUUUCUUGCAGGUGAGUCUGAUUUUCAAGGCCGGCUUCGACGCUGGUUUCUUGUACAUCCUGUACCACGUCUAUGAAGGAUACGACAUGCCCCGCCUGUCCAAGUGCUCCCUGGAUCCCUGCCCCAACACAGUGGACUGCUACAUAUCCCGCCCAACAGAGAAGAAGAUCUUCACCCUCUUCAUGGUGAUCUCCUCAGCCUUCUGCAUCUUUAUGUGCAUCUGUGAGAUGAUUUACCUCAUCUGCAAACGCGUCCAGAAACUCAUAAAAAGGAAGACUGAAGCAGAGAGGAGGUUGUUCGCAGAGAAUCACGAGAUGACACCGCUGGCAGCACCUAGAUCAUCAAUUAGAGUGGAUCCCACGGUGUCCAUCCAAAACCUUAGUAACAUCAACGAAGAGGAGAAGCCAGCUAAGAAGAAAUAACACACAAUAUGGCAGCAGCCAUGCUGAAAAACUGAGGAAAAUACUAAAGGGACCACUGCAAUCAAAAGCAUUCAUCAGACUAUGAGUGGCUGUUGAACGGCAAAGAGAUUCCUGAUAGAGCUCUUCGUAUAUAUCAUGUUACACACUCAAUGUAAAUAAACCCCUCAAACUGAGGUUACUGAGGGGACCUAAGGGUUUAGAGUAUUUUUUUAGGAUUGAUUUGUGUCAUGAGUUUGUGAAAGUGUCUGUUUGUGUUGUUUUUUUCUGCAUAUAUUGUGUGUCAGUUGUAUGUGUAAGCUAUCAGGUACAUUGUAAAUACAGCUGCAGGGAUGAAAUGUUACAGAAGUUCCCAAAUCAGAUGAAAAACUUUCCCCCAAAUAUACACCAACCCCUAAUGGGUAAAAUGAGAUCAAGCACACAGGGCACUUUCUUUAAGUAGGAACAGAGAAAUCUGCAAAAGGCACCUCAGGGAACAUAUGCAAUAUAAAUCAAAUGCUCUGUGAGGAACUGCUUUGACUUCUGUUGACAUAUUGAGUUGUCACAGUAAUAAAUAAUUGCUUCAUAAACUCCUUCACAUGUAUAACAAAAUUUAUACCAUGGGAAAAAGAAAUAGCCACAAAGAGUUGUUUGAAUGAAGUGAAAUUAAGAUUUUUCAUUGUUUCACGUUUUGUAAGCCUAUUUAUUGUUGUGAUGUAUAAAGUUUUUUUCACGAUUAAUACAAUUUUAAGCGUG